AUGACGCUUCUAAAUCUUCUUGACCCGUUGUCACAGAUUAAUACGAACUCAGUCGGACUGCCAAAACGUAGUCGCGGUCGAGGUCGUGGUCCUCUCGGACGUCCCGGUUUCUCGUCCCAGCUAAACUCGAUGGAUCCAGCCGGAUCGGAUGAGAAUGAGGACGAUGAAGAGAACGAGGACGGAGAGGGAGAAUCCAAUGGCAAUUCACAACCUGACGCGAACGAAACAAAACGCGCGGAUUCAUCCGAGCUUCUCGUCCGUCUCAGUCUGGCCGAACAGCAUGGUCUGAACGGGACACAAAUGGAUCCACGUCCGGGCUAUAUUCGUUGGCUUUCCUCAUCUCGACUGACACCAAGCAAUCGGAUAUGUAUCGGUCCGGGUUCUCUGUCCACGGAUCUGUUUGUCGAACAGCGUGAUACCGCACGACAGAUUACCGGCACAAUGUUCUGCGCCCUUGGUUGUGGUCGUGCUCGUCGCUAUACCUGUUCUGCUACGGGACAACCGGUUUGCAGUCUGUUGUGCUACAAGAAAAGUAUGAAUGAUUGGACCAAGACGAACCUUACUAAACAACCUUGUACCUGA